UUUGACUGUUUUUUCCCCCCGGUCCAGAUCAGUUUCUUUAAGCUGGGUUCAGAAAAUCUCACCCAGCAGUGGGAGGACUUCCUGGGAACAAUAGGAACCAGCGUCCAGAAUGUGCGUCGGGAGAUGGAGACGGAGGUCGGGCAGAUGCAUGAGACGAUCCAGGAGAUGGAGCGAUCAUGUGACCCUCUAUACGUACCAUGUGACCCUGACCCCGCCCACUCACCUGUCUGCAGGAACCUGACCAGGAAACAGGGCUACCUGCACAUCCGCAAUAAGACGGGGCUGGUGUCGUCGUCCUGGGAGCGUCAGUACUUCUUCACGCAGGGCGGCAACCUGAUGCAGCAGGGCCGCGGCGAGGUGGCAGGAGGGCUCGUCACCGACCUGGACAACUGCUCCGUCAUGGCGGUGGACUGCGACGACCGCCGCUUCUGCUUCCAGGUCACUUCCUUUGAUGGCAAGAAGGUGGUGACGCUGCAGUCGGAGAGCAGGAGGGACUGCGAUGAGUGGAUCUCUACCAUCAACAACAUCUCCAAAAGGAUCUACCUGAGUGAGAACGCAGAGGAGCUUGCGGCCAGAGUGAACCAAUCAGCUCUUGAAGCUGUGACGCCGUCGCCGUCCUUCCAGCAGAGGCACGAGAGCAUGAGACCCAGCAGUAAAGGGCGUGCUGGCCGAGCUAGCAGCAUAAGCUCUGUCGGCUCUGAGCUGUCGCCGGCCCUCUCUGUGCUCUCAUUGGACGCCCUGGUCGCCCCGGAAACACCAAUCCAGUUUGACAUCAUAUCCCCCGUCACAGAGGAGAACUCAGGACAGAGCAAGACGGCAGCACAGUCCGGCAGGAGGAGUAACCCGUUUGGAGAGUCAGGGGACAGCACUUCAGAGGACAGUGAAGACUCGAUCCUCCACCAGCUCUUCAUCGUUCGCUUCCUGGGCUCCAUGGAGGUGAAGACCCCCGAGUCAGUGGACAUCAUCUCAGAGACCAUGAGGCAGAUCCUGGCAGCGAGAGCCAUCCACAACAUCUUCAGGAUGACCGAGUCCCACCUGCUGGUGACCUGCGACUGCCUCAAACUCAUUGAUCCUCAGACGCAAGUCACUCGACUCAGGUUCCCUCUCUGCACGGUGCUCCAGUGUUCGUCCCAUCAGGACAACAAGAGGCUGUUUGGUCUGGUCCUGCAGCCUGCAGGCGGGCCGGGGGACAGCCGAGCCGUCUGCUACAUCUUCGAGUCCAACAACGACGGAGAGAAGAUCUGCGACAGCGUUGGCUUGGCAAAACAGAUAGCCUUCCACUCUGAGAUGGACCGUAAGGCCGUGGAGAAGAGGAAGGAGACCGACAAGGCCAAAGAGAAACAGCAGGAGGAGCUCAGCAAGCAGAAGCAGAUCGAGAAGGAUCUGGAGGAGCAGAGCCGUUUGAUCGCCGCCUCGAGUCGCCCCGGCAACCCGCCCGCCGCUGACGAGCAGUUCCUCGUGCUCAGCAACAGCCAAUCAGAGGACAGCGACGCCGGAGAGGAGGGGAAGAAGAAGGGAGAGUCUGAAGCCUAACGAGAGCUAACGGAGCGUGUUUUAAGUUGACUCCCAGGUGGUAAUAUCGAAGCAAUAGCUCAGGAAUCAGAGGAGGGGAACACCACCCGCCCUCCCUGGCUGCCUGGGAGUGCAAAGCAAGCGCUCCCUCUCUGCUGGACUAAACUAAACGCACCCUCACACUACAAGAUGUGGAGGGGAGACGUCUCAUCACAGACUUAUGUGUUUUAUUCUUCUGUGUGUAAAAUAACGCUGCUUUUUAUACUGGCUUCACUUUCCAGAAAAAAAAGCAAAUAAUGAUUUAACCUGCCAGGUUCUGAUUUCUAUUUUAUUUUAAAGAAAGGGCUAAAAGCUACGACAAAGGGGUUUGCGUGUGAAAUAAUGAAUCGGGAUCUGUGAGAGAGAAAAGCCAGAUAUCCAAGGUUUUUCUGAGGACAUUGAACACCUCAGUGGUGAAAUACAAAACAAAAAUCUUGGUUAAAGUUGCGUCUCGAAGAUUUCAUAUUAACGCAUCAAUGUUGUUUUGUCGAUAUAUAACCUUUUUUUUAUUUUUCAUCCCGGUUGGAAGUCCCUUGGUAAAUGAUAAUUAAAAUGAUUCCGUUGAAAGGAUUAUUAUCAAUUGUUACAGUUCAGUCUAUUAGUUCAGUUCAGUCUAAAACAUACACACAAACUGGCGUUCAUAAGUUACUUAUAGAAUAAAUACCAACACUUUCAGGCCAGUUUGUGCCUGCAUGAUGUUUGAGUUCAUUGAUCGUGAAAUCAUCAUAUCAGGUGUCUGUAUGGAAACACAGAUUAUGCUUGCAGUUAUUUUUGCAAUUGUAUACAAAUUAUUCAAGACAAAAGUAUCUCUUUCUAAUAUCAACCUGUGAAAUUCCAGCACCACUUUUUCCUUUUAUCAUAGUAAUGUAGGUCUUACUUUAUCCAUAGUGAAAUUUUUUGGACAAAACCCCUUUUUUAUUUAGGAUUAAAUAAGAAAAAAAAAAGCACCUUUUACAGGCUUCAGUGUCAAUAUCAACUGUGUUGUGUUUCACAAUUCCUCCUUUUCAGUGUUUCAGGUUUGGUUUGUGGUUAAUCUAGAAAAACUAACUAUAUCAUUAGUAAUUAUCUCAUGCUGUUUUUAUGGGAUGUGCAUCAGCAUGUUGGACUGGAGGCACAGGAGACUGCAAAGGAAAUCUGAUGUUCAACACUUUAUAUGAAGAUUUUGACUCCAGAAGUAACCUAUCUGCCUCUAACGAAAUGACUAGUUGCAUGACGGUAGUGCUCAUGAAUAAUGACCAUAUCACAGGAGAGCCGGAGAUGCCUCGCUCUUCUUUCUUUUUCCUAAAGAUGGAUCUGGGAACUGAAAGUACACCUUUUUUAUUAAAAGGUCUCGUCCCUUUUUUUUGUCUUCUGAUAAGCUGGUACAUUUUACCCAUUCAGAAACUUUGAAGGAAAUCUAACAUUUAAACACAAACUUUCUGCUAAUUCCUGAGCUGAGUCAGUUUCUCCUGACGUCACAUUAUUUAUCUGUGCUUUUACUAAAUGUUUGUGUCAUUUGUCUGGGGCCUUUUCUGUUUUUCACAGGGUUUUUUUCAUGAAUCUGCCUUUUUAUCCAGAAUGAUUCACAGCGAUAUGUUGUAUGUAUCAGCAUUUAGGAAGAAUAAAUUGUUGUUAAAGUUAGAGGUCACCGCCUCCUGUGGGGAGCCUAAGUAAACGGUUACUGAUGAUUAUUUUAUUUGAGUUAUUUUUCUUUUGGGCAGAGUGUUUUGUUGCUAUUACCUGGUGAAGAACUCGAGCUGAAGUGGAGCUGCACUUUGCUGACGCGGGAAAACACGAUGAUGUUAAACUGUAAAUAUGUCUUAGUGAAAAUUGUUCCGUGUAAUGAACAAUAAAAUAAAUUAAAAGGCUUUUCAGUGAUAAAUAAAAGCACUAACUCCACC